AUAGGUGUGGAUUUAUUUAUUGGACUGGCAUGUAGACUAUAAGUACAAGAAAGGCGAAAGUGGUUAGUCGCUAGUUCUACCCAAGCUAUACUCUAUCAAUCUGAGUGUUAAUUAGAUAAGGAACAUUAGAACCGAAUAACAAUAUAAUAAAUGAAGUAUAAAUAAAAAUAAGCAAUAACAUUAUUCUUUAAAUGUGCACUCAAAUAUAUUAUCCCUCUAUAAAUAGUACUUUUUUUCGGUGUAUUUAUUGUUUUUUAAACGUAACAAUAGCCAUACAAUAUUAAUAACUUUUUUGGAGAUUUCACAGAUGUUGAAUCUGCUUGACCUUCCCGCCUUCUGUUUGAAUGUAUUACAUAACCUGCAACAGUGUUUAUUCUGUGGUUUUUAUACUUUAACCUUUAAAAAGAUAUAUUUUUUAAUGUUUGUAGACAUAAUAACCCAAAUAAAUAAGUGAAUUACGAACUAGUGGGUAAUUUGCCACUAAAUAUUUCCACUUUUUGCUAAAAUUCAGGCAAACUUCUCCACCAUGAGUCUUGCACAUGGCAAACAAGAAAUCACUGAUCCUGUUGAGGAAAUGUUAAAGAAAACCGGAUGUAUUAAUCAUCAUUACAAAGUCCAGGAAUGCAUAGCAGAAACGCAAGAUUGGAGGAAAUGCCAGCGGCAAGUUUCUGAUUUUAGAAAAUGUAUGUCAGAGUAUGAACACAAGAGAAAACAAGGAUUAGUCACAUAGUUAAUACAAAUUUUAUUAUUAAUAAUGUUACGGGAAUAUGUAUUAUGAGACUAAUAAAUAAUUGUUUUUCUGCA